UGUAUCUCACUCACUCGCGUCUACUGCGCCUUCCAUUGUUCUCGCCGCGCUCGCCGCCGCCGACUGCAACCAACAGCCCCUCGCCAGCGCCAUCACAAUUCCGUCCCUCCGUCUUCAAAAGUCCAGCUCGUGAGCAGUCGCGUUGCCUCAGCAGUCUCCGCCGCUCAUCGUCGACAGCCACCGGCCCGCCGUCGCCCUUUGUUUGUUCGAAUUAAGAAGCUGUCAUUUUAUUGGUGGGAUCUUGAGGGAUGUCGGCUCAAGUUACACCUGCUAAGAGGCCACUAGACCAAAGUCCUACAGAUGGAAGUGGUAGAAGGAAGUGGCAAAAAUCAGCAGCUUUGGGUUCUGGUGUUGCACCAUUUAAUGCAACACCUAGCAAGGUUAUACGUGUACUUUGCCCAGCUUCCAAAAUUGGUGGCAUUAUUGGAAAAGGUGGCAGCAACAUAUCUCAAAUACGCCAAGAGACUGGAGCAAAAGUCCGCGUUGAGGAAACAGUCCCUGGUUGUGAUGAAAGAGUCAUAGUAAUAGUAGCUCUAGAUAAAGCUAAGGAAAUGACGAGUGAGCAGGUUAAGGAUGAAAACGAGGAGACAAAAAUCCCUGAGUCCAAUGAGAACCGUGAAGAAGAUGGGGAAGGAAACAAAGAGCAGGAUGGUCCAGUUGAUGACUCUAAAUCAGAUAAGGACAAAGAAAAUUCAGCUGUUCAGAAAGCUUUGCUAGUUGUGUUUGAUAAAAUGGUUGAUGUGUUUGCUGAGACUAAGGAAGGAGAAGAAGAAAGUAAAAAGCCAUCUUCAUCUGUUGUUAGGCUAAUUGUCUUCUCUGGUCAAGUAGGCUGUUUGUUAGGAAAAGCUGGCAGUGUGAUAAAACAAAUGUCAUCUGAAAGUGGAGCGCAGAUACGAAUUCUUCCAAAGGAUAAACUGCCUUCUUGUGCAUCUUCUUCUGAUGAAUUGGUUCAGAUAUCUGGUACUCUUGAUGCCAUCAAGAAAGCUCUUCUUUCUGUUUCCCAACAGCUGCUUGAGCAUAUUCCUAAGCAUCAGGAUCCUUUUCCGGUCAAGCCAUCUCAUUCCUUUGAUACUCCUAGGCAGGAUAGGUUCCCACCUCCGAAUCGUCCAUUCCAUGGACAUGGAGCACCCUAUCCAUCUGGAUUUCAUGAUGGUGACAAUGGUAUUCCUGGUAGAAUGAAUUUUCCUCCUGAAGUUAUAACUUACCGGGUACUGUGUAAUGAGGAAAAGGUGGGUGGUGUAAUUGGAAAGGGAGGUUCUAUCGUCAAAGCUCUUCAACAUGAAUCUGGCUGUGAUAUCAAGGUUCUAGAGGGUACAGGUGACGCGGAAGAUCGCAUAAUUAUCAUAUCUGGUCCUGCUCACCCGGAUGAUGGAAUAUCUCCCCCACAAGAUGCGGUGCUUCGAGUGCAAGCAAGAAUAUUUAGGUCUGCUCCAGAAAGCAAGGAUAACACCAUGCUUGCGAAACUCCUUGUCUCAUCUCAUCAAAUCGGAUGUCUUCUUGGUAAGGGUGGUUCAGUCAUUGCUGAAAUGAGAAAGUCAACUGGAGCUUACAUCCGUAUUCUUGGUAAAGAUCAGGUUCCAAAGAAUGCUUCAGAAAAUGAGGAAGUUGUUCAGGUGAGUGGAGACUUUGAAGUAGUUCAAGAGGCUCUUAUGCAGAUAACAACAAGGUUGAAGAACCAUUUCUUUCGUGAUGCAUUUCCACCCAUGGUUCACCAUCCAAACCCAGCAUUUAUGGAGCAAAUGCCCCCGUUUCCCUCAUACAUGGGAAGAAGAGAGUUUUCGCCUCCCGGAACAUUCUCUAAUCGAGGUCCACCAUUUAACAAUUUUGAUGGUCCUGGGGGCCAUCCUCCAGUUGGUGGCUUCCAUCCACAUGAUGAUCGCCCUCAUUUUGCUCAUGAUUUUCCAAGGCCAGGGAUCCCGCCUCAUAUGUCUGAAAGAAUGCCUCCUGGAGCACCAUGGGGAACCCAGGGACCAAUGGAAGGACCUGGUGCUAUGGGAUUUCCAGACUAUCCAGGUGGUCCUCAGAGAAGACUUGGUGGAUUUGCAGGUGGAAAUCAACCUGUUAUCACAAGCACAACUGUUGAGGUUGUUGUUCCUCGCUUUGUUAUUCCUGCUAUUUACGGAGAGGAAGGUGGGUGCCUUAGACAAAUUCGCGAGAUUUCAGAUGCAAAAGUUACCAUCACCGAUCCUAAACCUGGGGCAUCAGAAACCGUGAUCAUAAUUUCUGGGACUCCCGAGCAGACCAAUGCUGCACAGAGUCUAAUUCAAGCAUUUGUAAUUUGUGAGACUGAAGCAGCCUGAAUCGUUGAUAUCAUGGUAUUCCAUCUGUAGCUGUUUUCAGGUUGUAGGAAUCUAAUCCAUGGAUGGUGCGAAGCAAAUGUGGUGAUACUUGCCAAUUUUUGAAAACGUUAGAACAGAAACCAACCUCUGUUGCUUCAAUAGAAUAGGAUGCUACCUACCUGUGCAUGCUUGUUUAUCUUUACCCACUAACAUGCUGUGCAGUUUUAGUUUCUUUAUGCGUUUUUCUAAUAUUAUCUAUUGUUUAUUUA